CGUCGUUUCAUCAUCUGGAUAACUAUGCUGAAGCUCCAUGUGUGCCGCUUCCGCAUGUUCGGGAAUGGCAAUGUGAUACCCAAGCAUCCUUGAAACUUCAAGGAUCACAUUAUUAUAUUACCCAGACCCUUGGGAACUCGUUCACGUUCUGGAGCUAAGGGAAUUUUUCAUACUCCCGUCGUUGAGUCGAUAAUGGAGUGCGUAUGUACAUAUUUCCUCUGGAUCAUGUCAGAGAGUCCCCCCGAAGUGAUCGACGAGCCAACGGAGGGAACCCUCGUGUGCAAACUUCCCUCGGAGUUCAGUCACCCCCGGCUGCGAGCGGCGAGCAUGGACGCCGAUGCACCGCAAACCAUGCGACACCAUGACAUUUCACCACCAUCAUCAUAUGGGGCCAAAGUGCCG